UUUCCGCCAUCUUCAACUUCCUAUUGUUUGCAAGACUGGAGCUGUCUGUGUUGUGUACACGACACACAGACAUUUUAGUAAUAUUUGUAGCACUAACCUUCCCGUUUCGGUCGCUUGAGCUCAGCACAAACCAUUUGUAUGUCAUUAAUUUAAGGGGCUCUCUGGACGCGACCACUAAACCUUGAUGAUGAUGAUGGAGGACGACCAACCUAGAACCUUGUAUGUGGGAAAUCUGUCCAGAGAUGUUACUGAGCCCCUCAUUCUGCAGGUCUUCACACAGAUAGGACCCUGCAAAAGCUGUAAAAUGAUUGUUGACACGGCUGGAAAUGAUCCAUACUGUUUUGUGGAGUUCUAUGACCACAGGCAUGCUGCCGCCUCAUUGGCAGCGAUGAAUGGAAGGAAAAUAAUGGGUAAGGAAGUCAAAGUCAACUGGGCCACAACGCCAACAAGCCAGAAAAAAGACACGAGUAAUCACUUUCAUGUCUUCGUUGGAGACCUCAGCCCAGAAAUAACUACAGAAGAUGUCAAAGCUGCAUUUGGGCCUUUCGGCAGGAUAUCGGAUGCACGUGUGGUUAAAGAUAUGGCUACAGGGAAAUCAAAAGGCUAUGGCUUUGUGUCUUUCUUCAACAAAUGGGAAGCGGAGAAUGCCAUUCAGCAGAUGGGUGGCCAGUGGUUAGGAGGGAGACAGAUCAGAACUAACUGGGCCACGAGAAAGCCUCCUGCGCCAAAAACCACUUAUGAAAGUAACUCCAAGCAUCUGUCCUUUGAUGAAGUAGUCAACCAGUCCAGCCCCAGUAAUUGCACUGUGUACUGUGGCGGUGUAAGCACAGGACUUACUGAACAACUAAUGAGACAGACCUUCUCUCCUUUCGGACAGAUUUUGGAAGUCAGAGUUUUUCCCGAUAAAGGUUAUUCGUUUGUAAGGUUUAGUUCCCAUGAGUCAGCAGCCCAUGCAAUUGUGUCUGUGAAUGGAACUGCAUUAGAGGGCAACAUGGUCAAGUGCUACUGGGGUAAAGAGAAUCCAGACAUGAUGAACCCAGUGCAGCAGAUGCCAGUGCCUCAGAACAAGAUGAGCUUCCCUGCAGCUCAGCCCUACAACCAGUGGGGUCAGUGGUACAGCAAUGGGCCUCAGAUCAGCCAGUAUGUCCCAAACGGGUGGCAGGUUCCCACCUAUGGUGUCUAUGGUCAGGCAUGGAACCAGCAGGGCUUCAAUCACUUACCGGCGAAUGCUGGGUGGACUGGCAUGAGCGCCAUCAGUAACGGUGGGGUUAUGGAGCCCACACAGGGAUUGAAUGGGAGUAUGUUGGCCAACCAACCUGGCAUGGGAGCGGCAGGAUACCCCACACACUGAUAAGUGGGAUGGGAAGGAGAUAUGUCAACCAUCAGCCUUUUUUGGGGGCUUUAAGAUGCUCUUCAGGGCUGUGCUCCCCUUUUUGGCAGGACUUUUACUUGGAUGUGGAUCUGAAUGGGAAGGUUGCUUCUUGACUUCUGUCGGAGAUGUAAAUGGGAUUUAUUUGGGGGCGGGGGGGUUAACACAAGACAGAGGAUUUUGACCCACGCAGGUAUUUCCACCUCUAUGGUAGCCAAGACUGGCUGAUCCAGGGCUCUUACUGUUUUUAAGUUAACUGUAAAUGACAAUAGACACUCCCCCCUCCCCUGGAUUUUGCAAAUUGCUUCCACGAUCACAUUUCUCCUCAGUGUACUGAGGUGUUUAACCAUUUGUUUUGUUUUGUUUUUUAUGCGGAUUUGCUAAACUCAUGAGGUCUUUGAAGAAUGGACAUCUGGUUAAUUUGUAAAAAAAAAUAAAAUAAAAUAAAAAUAAAACCUAGUGCAGGGAUUGUUGCCACUGCCGCUUCUCUGUAAAGGCAGAAAAAUAUUGCACAGUUUUUCCCGUUUUUUUUUUUUGACAGCCUCAAAUCCUUUCGUCACAUGUAAAUAAAUCUUCAUUUGAAAAUCAUGUAAGUAAAAUGCUACUGUUAACUGUGGGUGCUUGCUUUCAUUUUGCUUUGAACAACCUUGCAGUAAACUCCCAUAAUGUGCGUAGCAGAGUGGCACUGCCAAAUGUGACACGAUUCUUCCAUGCAGGGACAAAGAUAGCAUUGCCAUGCAGUGCAUACUUAAAAUGUUUGACACAAUCUUGAUGUAAAGAAACACGUUUGACACUUCUUUUUUUUUAAUAUCUAUGAAAAUGCCAGUAUUUUAUAUCAGAAGUAGAUCAUUCAACCUUUACACCUGCUCUGUUUGCUAUUGAGACAGGAGGCCUACAUUGCUGUUGCCUUAUAGAGCCGGUUUCUUUUAGCUGAUGAUUAUAUACUUUUUUUUUUUUUUUUUUAUUAGGCAGUGCCUACAGUUGUUUUCAAACCCUUUUGUUUAGAAAGGAGUUAGCCCAGAGAACUGAUGACUGUGCUACUGUAUUGUGUGUUUUCUUGCUUUUGUCUUAUUAAAAUGCUAAUGCACACAAAUUACAAGUGUUUUCAUUUAUUCUCGUAGGAAGUGUUGGAACACUGAACCUGAAUUGACAUUUUUCUUUUUACAUGUGG